CUGUGGGAAGGGGCCGGGCCAGCCGCCUGACGUCUGUGCGGGGCUCGGAAGAUGGCUGCGGAGCCGAGCACCAGGCAGUGGCUGCGGCGGCGGCGGCGGGCCGGGAGCGCGGCAGGCGGGGGCUCCGCCUUGCGCGUGUGGCGCUGAGCAGAGGCGCGGAGGCGGUGAGGGCAGCGGGGGGUUUGGGGAGCCGCUGGGCACAGCCUACUGGUCACCCGCCGCACCAUGGGCAGCACGGAGGACGCAGUUAAAGAGAAGCUGCUGUGGAACGUGAAAAAGGAGGUGAAGCAAAUCAUGGAGGAGGCCGUCACCAGGAAGUUUGUGCAUGAAGAUAGCAGUCACAUCAUUGCUCUGUGUGGUGCGGUGGAGGCUUGCCUCCUUCAUCAGCUGAGACGCCGUGCCGCUGGCUUCCUGCGCAAUGACAAGAUGGCAGCCCUGUUCACCAAGGUGGGGAAGACGUGCCCAGUGGCUGGGGAGAUUUGCCACAAGGUACAGGAGCUGCAACAACAAGUCGAGGGCAGGAAACCCUUGGCCAGCAACCAGGAGCCUCUGCGAAGACAGGGCUCUGCCAGUGGGAAGUCCCCAGCCCUCAGCCCGCAGGCCUUGAAACACGUAUGGGUACGCACAGCACUUAUUGAGAAGGUGCUGGACAGGGUUGUGCAGUACCUGGUGGAGAACUGCAGCAAGUACUACGAGAAGGAGGCGUUACUGGCAGACCCUGUGUUUGGCCCCAUCUUGGCCUCUCUUCUAGUGGGACUCUGUGCCUUGGAGUACACCAAGCUCAAGACAGCUGAUCACUACUGGACUGACCCCUCUGCUGAUGAGCUGGUUCAGAGGCACCGUAUCCGGGGUCCCCCUAAUCGCCAGGACUCCCCUGCGAAGCGCCCAGCCCUAGGAAUCCGGAAGCAACACUCCAGCGGCAGCACAUCAGGAGACAGGUUAGCUGCCUGCGCCCGCGAGUAUGUGGAAUCCCUGCACCAGAACUCGAGGACGCGGCUGCUCUAUGGCAAGAACAACGUGCUGGUGCAGCCGAAGGAGGACAUGGAGGCUGUCCCUGGCUACCUCUCCCUGCACCAGUCUGCAGAGAGCCUAACUCUGAAGUGGACACCCAACCAGCUCAUGAACGGGACUCUGGGGGACUCCGAGCUGGAGAAGAGCGUUUACUGGGACUAUGCCCUGGUCGUGCCCUUCAGUCAGAUCGUCUGCAUCCACUGCCACCAGCAAAAAAGUGGUGGCACACUUGUGCUGGUGAGCCAGGAUGGCAUCCAGAGGCCACCCCUGCACUUCCCGCAGGGAGGACACCUGCUGUCCUUUCUGUCCUGCCUGGAGAACGGGCUUCUGCCUCGAGGACAGCUAGAGCCCCCGCUCUGGACCCAGCAGGGGAAGGGGAAGGUGUUCCCCAAGCUACGGAAACGCAGCAGCAUGCGGACUGCGGACAUGGAGGAGAUGGGCACAGGGAGGACCACGGACUACGUGUUCCGGAUCAUUUACCCUGGACACAGGCAUGAGCACAUCACUAUUAACUACCACCACCUAGCGGCCAGCCGGGCGGCCUCGGUAGACGAUGAUGAGGACGAGGAGGAUAAACUCCACGCGAUGCUGUCAAUGAUCUGCUCGCGGAACCUCACAGCUCCCAAUCCGAUGAAAGAUACUGGAGACAUGAUUGAGAUGCAGGGCUUUGGGCCCGGCCUGCCAGCCUGGCACCCGCAGCCCCUCUGCAACCAGAGCUCGUCCUGCCUCUCCUGCUCCACCAGCAGCUCUCCAUAUGUAACUCCCAGCCACUGCAGCUGUGUCCCUGACCGGUUGCCCCUCCGGCUACUGUGUGAAAGCAUGCGGAGGCAGAUCGUGUCCCGGGCCUUCUACGGCUGGCUGGCGUACUGCCGCCACCUGUACACUGUGCGGACCCACCUGUCGGCGCUGGUGCAUCACAACAUCAUCCCACCCGCCCAGCCCCCAGGGGCUUCAGGGGGCCUCACGAAGGAUGUGUGGAGCAAGUAUCAGAAGGACGAAAAGAACUACAAGGAGCUGGAGCUGCUGCGGCAAGUUUACUAUGGAGGCGUGGAGCACGAGAUCCGCAAGGACGUCUGGCCCUUUCUGCUUGGCCACUACAAGUUUGGCAUGAGCAAGAAGGAGAUGGAGCAAGUGGACACAGUGGUGGCAGCGAGAUACCAGCAGGUGUUGACGGAGUGGAAGGCCUGCGAGCUGGUGGUGAGGCAGCGGGAGCGGGAGGCUCACCCAGCCACACUCACCAAGUUCUCCUCGGGCAGCAGCAUCGACAGCCACGUGCAGCACCUCAUCCACCGGGAUUCCACCAUCAGCAAUGACGUGUUUAUCUCUGUGGAUGACCUGGAGCCUCCAAGGCCCCUGGGCACUGAAGAUUCCAGACCAGAGCCUGAACAGGAACCAGGAACAGAGCCCCCUGGCACCGCCAUGGUGGAACAGCAGCAGUCAGUGGAGUUUGACUCUCCGGACUCGGGACUGCCUUCCUCUCGCAAUUACUCCAUGGCGUCGGGCAUCCAGUCAAGCAUAGAUGAGGGGCCAAAUGUGGGCUUCGAGGAGGAGGACGGCAUUGGGGAGGAAAGCUCUGACGGGCCGGUGCCUGCAGUCCACGCUUUCUCCGAGGCCCAAGAUCCCAGCCAGGAGAAGGCCCCGCAGGCCAGCGAGCUGGAGGCAGGGGAAGAGCUUGCGGCUGUGUGCGCUGCUGCCUACACUAUAGAACUCCUGGACACUGUGGCCUUAAACCUGCACCGCAUAGACAAGGACGUGCAGCGAUGUGACCGCAACUACUGGUACUUCUCAUCCCCCAACCUCGAGAGGCUCAGAGACAUCAUGUGCAGCUACGUGUGGGAACACCUGGACGUGGGCUACGUGCAGGGCAUGUGUGACCUGCUGGCACCUCUCCUGGUCAUCCUUGACAAUGAUCAGCUGGCCUACAGCUGUUUCAGCCACCUCAUGAAGAGGAUGAGCCAGAACUUCCCCAACGGGGGCGCCAUGGACACCUACUUUGCUAACAUGCGCUCCCUCAUCCAGAUCUUGGACUCAGAGCUCUUUGAACUGAUGCAUCAGAAUGGAGACUACACCCACUUCUACUUCUGUUACCGCUGGUUUCUGCUGGACUUUAAGAGAGAACUGCUGUAUGAGGAUGUGUUUGCUGUGUGGGAGGUGAUCUGGGCGGCCCGGCACAUCUCAUCAGAGCACUUUGUCCUAUUCAUUGCCCUGGCCCUGGUGGAGGCCUACCGUGAGAUUAUCCGUGACAACAACAUGGACUUCACCGACAUCAUCAAGUUCUUCAAUGAACGGGCUGAGCGUCACGAUGCCCAGGAGAUCCUGCGGAUUGCCCGGGACCUCGUCCACAAGGUGCAGAUGCUCAUUGAGAACAAAUGAGGGCUGUGGCCAGGAGGCAGCAGCCAGCCAGAGCCUGGGCUCCCAGUCCCUGGGCCCCCACAGGGAGAGGAGGUGCAGGGGCGGUCAGGCGGAGACUGCCUCAACCCCCAGCCCACCCUUCCUGCCCCUAACUGUGUUCCUAACAAAGUGCUUGUGAGCCUGGGAUCCGACUCUGGGAAAUUCUGGCGAGUCAGGGGCCAGGGUGCCCUCAGGUCAGGGCCAGGAUGGGAAGGGUCGUCGGCCUCAGGGAGCAGCUGCCUUGGGGAACACCUACUCUGCUCCCCUUGCAAAAACCUGAGAAUAGCCCACUGCCACCUGCAGCCUAGACUGCUCCCCACAGACUUUCCUGGGUCAGCCUGGGGUCCUGCAGAAGUUAUCAGGCUGUAGUUGCCUGGGCCCCAUCUGGCGAGUGUCGUGUGGGGCAAGGGGACUCUGUGCUGUAUUUCUUCUGAGAGUCCCUUUGCAGGCCUUAUGAAUGUGGGCACACCAACCUCACGGCCAGUUUGGGCACGUUUCCUGGGCUCAGGAGAACUGGGCCGCCUCCGGGCCCUCCUCUGAGGCUGUGGGGCAGUCAGAAGUUGGGCCCUGGGUGGAGUCGCCCACCUCAGCAGCACUGCCACUGCCUUUGGCCACCUGAGGUAACCCCACGCACUCCCCCAGCUCAUGCAGUGCACCCACACGUAUCUGUAGAGUCUCACUGUUGCCACCCCGCUCUUGCUUUAUGCAUUAGAUGCAUCCCUGAAAACUAUAAAUGAUGCUUUGGCAGCCAGAGGAUCUGGAAUGUGGUGGGAGCACUUCCUCUCAAGAGGAAUCCCAGAUUGAUUCUUUAGGGAGGAAGUCCUGUCACAGCCCUCUUGGAGGUGGUCCUGGAGCUUGGGGGCAGCCCAUCAUCCGUCCCAGGCAUUUGCUGACUCCCUGAGGCUGGGCGGGGAUCCUGGACCUCCCUUGUUUGUCCCUGGUGAGAUGCAAGGCUUCCACAUGCUUCUCAGGAUGCUGAGAGACUUAGGGACCCAGAAAGCCCCCCUGGAAGAGCCUCACUCAUGUGGGGUGCUAGAAAGGGCCCCUCUCCUGACCCCAGGCCUAGGCACGCUGCUUGCUCUAUCAUCUCUGUCCCCACCACCCAACACAGGCAGGCUAGGCCUUGCUCUGGGGCCAGGAGGCCGGCCACUCUGCCACAGGGGCUGAGGCCUGCCCAGCAGUCACUAAGGUCUAGAGACUUCCUGCAUUUGAGAAACAUGAAAAAGGGCCCAGCAGCCCUUCUGCAUCCAGCACAGCCUCCCCAGCUCUGCACCCUACCCCUCCCACCUGCCGCCUCGGGCACUGCACGACCUGUUUGGGGGCCAGCCCACCCCAUUGCCAGCCCUUGUUGUCCAUGAGUCCUUGGCCUCCACCAAGCACCGUGGCCAUUGUGUGCCUGCCUUAGUGACUGUUUUUUUGUUUUGUUUUUUUUUGAGGAGCAGAGUGUGUAUGUUUUUUGGCUCAGAAACUAUACUCUUCACUGUAACAGACCAAUAAACACAGCAUUUGGCAAUG